AAAAAAAAUACUGAGAGAGGGAGAGAGAGGAAAAGAGAGAGAGAGACGGAGAGCGCGCGCGACAGAGCGAGCCACGCAAUCUGACCGAGCAGUUUCUGCUCUCCCAGGUCGCACGCCACCUCCUCCUCCUCUCUGCUCCUCGCUACCAGGUGACCCGAGGAGAGCCUCAGCCUCGGAGCCGCUGAGGGAGCCCCGGUGCAGAAGAGACUCCCUUGCAGAAUUCCAGCCACCUUCGCUCGCCCUCCCCCCUUUUAGGACUUGGUCCCCCUUUAUCCUUCCGUACCUAUUUUUUGGAAUUUCUUUUUUCUUCCCCUUCUUCUCUUAACUACUGCUUACAGAUUUUUUUUUUUUUAAAUCUCCUUUGCUUACUUUUCCUUCCCAGCGUUCCCAUUCCCCCACUGAAAACAAAUCAUUAACCGACCCCCGCCCCUCGGACGGCAGGAGCACCUGCAGAGCCUCGGAGCCCCCCCGAUCCUCCAGCCCGACCGCCCUCCCUCUCCGCGCGCGGGUUCCGGGCCUGGCGAGAGGGCGCGAGCGCAGCCGGGGCCAUGGAGGUGACGGCGGACCAGCCGCGCUGGGUGAGCCACCACCACCCCGCGGUCCUCAACGGGCAGCACCCGGACACGCACCACCCGGGCCUCGGCCACUCCUACAUGGACCCGGCGCAGUACCCCCUGCCCGAGGAGGUGGAUGUACUUUUUAACAUCGACGGUCAAGGCAACCACGUUCCUUCCUACUACGGAAACUCAGUGAGGGCCACGGUGCAGAGGUACCCUCCGACCCACCACGGGAGCCAGGUGUGCCGCCCGCCCCUGCUGCACGGAUCCCUGCCCUGGCUGGAUGGCGGCAAGGCUCUGGGCAGCCACCACACCGCUUCGCCCUGGAACCUCAGCCCCUUCUCCAAGACGUCCAUCCACCACGGCUCCCCGGGGCCGCUGUCCGUCUACCCCCCGGCCUCGUCCUCUUCGCUGUCGGCGGGCCACUCCAGCCCGCACCUCUUCACCUUCCCGCCCCCCCCGCCGAAGGACGUCUCCCCGGACCCGUCCCUGUCCACCCCGGGCUCGGCCGGCUCGGCCCGGCAGGACGAGAAAGAGUGCAUCAAGUACCAGGUGCCGCUGCCCGACAGCAUGAAGCUCGAGUCCACGCACUCGCGGGGCAGCAUGACCACCCUGGGAGGGGCGGCCUCCUCGGCGCAUCACCCCAUCACCACGUACCCGCCCUACGUCCCUGAAUACAGCUCCGGACUCUUCCCGCCCAGCAGCCUGCUGGGGGGCUCCCCCACGGGCUUCGGAUGCAAGUCGAGGCCCAAGGCGAGAUCCAGCACAGAAGGCAGGGAGUGCGUGAACUGUGGGGCCACCUCAACCCCCCUGUGGCGGCGGGAUGGCACCGGGCAUUACCUGUGCAACGCCUGCGGGCUCUACCACAAAAUGAACGGACAGAACCGACCCCUUAUCAAGCCCAAGCGAAGGCUGUCGGCUGCAAGGAGAGCAGGGACGUCCUGUGCGAACUGUCAAACCACCACCACGACGCUCUGGAGAAGAAAUGCCAACGGAGACCCCGUCUGUAACGCGUGUGGGCUCUACUACAAGCUUCACAAUAUUAACAGACCCCUGACCAUGAAGAAGGAAGGCAUCCAGACCCGGAACCGAAAAAUGUCUAGCAAAUCCAAAAAGUGCAAAAAGGUGCACGAUACGCUGGAGGACUUCCCCAAGGGCAGCUCGUUCAACCCGGCCGCCCUCUCCAGACACAUGUCCUCUCUCAGCCACAUCUCCCCCUUCAGCCACUCCAGCCACAUGCUGACCACUCCGACGCCGAUGCACCCCCCGUCCAGCCUCUCCUUCGGACCUCACCACCCUUCCAGUAUGGUCACCGCCAUGGGUUAGAGCCGCUGCUCGACGCUUCCAGGCCUCCCAGCGAGAGUCCCUCCAGCCCCUCCCACGUGCAUUUUUGCAGGAGCAGUAUCAUGAAGCCGAAGUCCCACGGAUCUAUGUUUCUGAAGGCAGAAAGCGAAACGACGUUUGCCACUUUCGCAGAAGAGCUCACUGUGCUGUGUUCUCGAUCACCGAAUCUGGAUCCCAUUUGUGAAUAAGCCAUUCAGACUCAUGUUCCCUAUUUAUCAGGGUCUCUCUAGUGCUGUGAAAAAAAAAAAAAAAA